AUGCCUACCCCUUCUGCCGACAGAAUCGCCGAGAUCGUGGCCGGCUUCCGCCCUCGUGCCCGCGCCCCGUCGCCCCGCACCCUCCGCCGCCAGGUAGCACGCACCGCCCGCAUUGAGGCCGUGCUGGAGGAGAGACGGCGCGGAGGCCACCUCCAACAGUGGCACAUCGACUGGGCCCCCUGCGGCCACGAAGGGCACCGUUGUGUGGUCCGAAUGGACCACUAUUGCCGCAAUGCGGCGGGAGAGUACGAGUUUCGGGGGUCGGUGGCAGUGAUGCGCUGCCUGCACUGCACGGCGUGGGAGCUCGGUCUGCCCUGGGAGGAGGCCGCCUGGGCGAUACAACAUUCGGAAGAUUGGCGCGCGGCGUGGCUCCUCAUGCUGCCCUGGGGAGUUGUUGUGCCGCUGUGGGGGUUCCAGUGA